AUGGAGUUUAUACCGGAAGAGAGUUCUAAUGAUGUUCACUUAAGCACGGGAUGUUCAAAGGAUAAGAGAAGUGUUAUUUUUGAAACUUUGCUAAAACACAGUGUGAAUGGAAAAGUGAAAUAUGGUUCAAUUAAAGAUGUUGCAAAUGUGUACUCUGUUUCUACAAGAACUGUUAGUCGAAUAUGGAAAAAAGGGAUUGCUUGUGUUGCAAACGGUGUUCCAGUUGAUAUUUCUUUAAACUUGUCAUGUAAUGUUGGAAGGAAAAGGAUUGCAAUUAAUCCCGAAGAUGUUGCUAGAAUCCCCUUGAAUCGCCGGACAACAAUUCGUUCUAUGGCUAGUGCACUCUUGAAUCGCCGGACAACAAUUCGUUCUAUGGCUAGUGCACUAAGCAUGUCAAAAACAAGCCUUCACCGUAUGGCUAGUGCACUAAGCAUGUCAAAAACAAGCCUUCACCGUAGAGUUAAAGAAGGAUCUUUGAAAUCCCACUCAAAUGCUAUCAAGCCUAUGCUAACAAAGGAAAACCGGAAGGUAAGAUUACAGUUCUGCAUAUCUAUGAUUGAUUCAAGUUCGUCUCAUAAUAAUCCAAGUUUCAUAGAUAUGUAUGACCGCGUUCAUAUAGAUGAAAAAUGGUUUUUCCUCUCAAGAACUUCUCAAAAAUAUUACCUCCUGCCUGAGGAAGAUGAACCAUAUCGUACUUGUAAAAGUAAAAAGUUUAUAACAAAAGUUAUGUUUCUUUGUGCUGUUGCUCGCCCUCGGUUUGAUUUAGAAAGAAAUGAAAUGUUUGAUGGGAAAAUUGGGAUGUUUCCAUUUGUUUAUAAAGAACCAGCUAAGCGUAGAAGUAAGAACCGGGAAGCUGGAACCUUAGAAACUAAGCCCAUUGAAUCUGUAAAUAAAGAAGUGGCAAGAAAAUGGUUGAUUGAUUAUGUAUUGCCUGCAAUACGAGCAAAAUGGCCACUAAGUAGUUCCAAGACUAUAUAUAUUCAACAAGAUAAUGCAAGGCCACAUAUUAGUAUGAAUGAUGUUGAAUUUUUGGAGGCUGCAAAGAAAGAUGGCUUUGAUAUUUACUUAAUCUGUCAGCCUCCAAAUAGUCCGGACAUGAAUGUAUUGGAUCUCGGUUUUUUAGAGCUCUUCAAUCUUUACAACAUCAAGAAGCUCCCCGCAAUGUGGAUGAACUAG